AUGACAAAAAGCAUGAAUAGAACAAAGGCAACAAUGAUGAUUCUGGAAUUUGGCUCAGACUUUAGGAGUGAUGAAAAUCAUCGGGAAUGCAACGAAAAAAAAGCGCUGGCAACGCCUCCUGCCCGGGCUAUAAAGGGCUCCAGGCCAGGGGAAGCGAGCACUCGCUGUCUGCGCUGCCGAGCCCAGUGUCUCUCUCCAGCCCUCCAGCCUCCGCCAGCCUUCGCCAUGAGCACCACUGUCAGGCAAUACUCCUCCUCCACCUCCCUCAAGGGAUUCGGUGGCCUGGGUGGAGGCUCCAGCAGGCUUUCCUCCGUGCGUGUUGGGGGAGCAGGGUACAGAGCCCCCAGCGUCCACGGGGGCUCUAGCAGCUACUCUGUCUCUUCCCGCAUUGUCUCGGGGCUCGGAAGUGGCUAUGGGGGCAGCUACUGCAGCAGCGUAGGAGGGGGCCUCGGCGGUGGCUUUGGGGGUAGCUAUGGGGCUGGCUUUGGGGGUAGCUAUGGGGCUGGCUUUGGAGGUGGCUUUGGAAGUGGCUUUGGAGGUGGCUUUGGAGGUGGCGAUGGCAUCCUCCCGGCUGGAGAAAAGGAGACGAUGCAGAACCUCAACGACCGCCUGGCUGCCUACCUGGACAAAGUGCGUGCCCUGGAGGAGGCCAACACUGACCUGGAGGUCAAGAUCCGGGAAUGGUACAAGAAGCAGGGACCUGGUCCAGACCGUGACUACAGCCCCUACUACAAGACUAUCGAGGAGCUCAGGAACAAGAUUCUUGCUGCAACUGUUGAAAAUGCCAACAUCGUCUUACAGAUUGACAAUGCCAGGCUGGCAGCUGAUGACUUCAGAACCAAGUUUGAGACGGAGCAGGCGCUGCGCCUGAGCGUGGAGGCUGACAUCAACGGCCUGCGCAGAGUCCUGGAUGAGCUGACCUUGGCCAGAGCUGACCUGGAGAUGCAGAUCGAGAACCUCAAGGAGGAGCUGGCCUACCUCAAGAAGAACCAUGAGGAGGAAAUGAAUGCCCUGCGUGGGCAGGUGGGUG